AUACUAAACCCUUUUUGUUCGGGCCAUCCUUCUACCGUCUGUACUUACAGUUGCCGGCGUCCAGCCCUUACGCUGCCGCCGGUUCCAUAUCGUUGUUACAAGCGCUCCACCUGUUACCCUUCAAACUUAUCACUCGUUGGCACUUCCUUAACGACACACACUCCCACGUCAUUUCAUUCUACCACCUCAACGACACCCAAUCCCUCGUCAUUUUCUCCAUUCUCUUGUCCAGUAGUUUCCUAUCCCUCAUUUUCUUAUGGCGUUGGAUAAAGAAAGUCUCCAACAAGACUCUGUAAUCAAACGUUUCUACCGGAUUAUUCUUAGUUGGAAUUACAUUCAUCUUCUCAAGGAAUCCGAGAAACAGAGAAACAAUGGGAAGGCUAAUGGAUCAUCCUCGAAACUCGUUAAGGUCAAGAAUCAAUACAAAGAUGUUGAUGAUUAUAUUUCCACUUAUGAGCCACUUAUUUUUGAAGAAGCCAAAUCACAGAUUAUCCAAGGGAAAGAAGAAGAAGCGACUGAAUGGAAGUUAGGGGCUGUACAGAGUUACAGCAAGUCAGAUGACUUUCAUCUUCUAGAAUUUCCUUGUAAAAUAGAAGAGGGAGAAUCAAUAUCACAGAAUGAUCUGUUACUGAUAAAUAAAGAAAAGUUGCUGGAUGGCAAAAGUAAUGCGUAUGCCUUUGCUUUGGUGGAAAGCGUGCGGAGGUUUUCAGAAGAAAGACUUCUUGGAGUUAAACUCUAUCUAGCUGGAGAAUUCUCACAUUUUAAUACAGAUAAUGUGCAACCUUGCACAAGGCUGUUAAAUAUGUGUUCUCAUAUAUGUAAAACAGGGAGAGAAUUGUAUUUUGUGAAGAUGUGCAAUUUAUCUACCAUUGCUCGUGAGUAUGUGGCUAUACAAAUGAUAAACAGUCUCCCAUUCAAGGAUUUAAUAUUAAAUGCUGUUGGAGGGAAUUUUGGUGUAGAAGCCGAGGGUUGGAAAAUCCCAUUACCUCUGAAGGAGUAUGUUGAAAUUAGUUUCAAUCAAUAUCAACGUGAGGCCAUUACAGCUGGUUUAUCAUCAAAAGCCUUUGUCCUGAUACAGGGGCCUCCGGGUACUGGGAAGACUCAGACCAUACUUGGGAUUCUAAGUACCAUUUUACACGCAACUCCAACGAGAGUGCUUUCAAAGAACGGGACCUACGAGCAAAAGCAGGGGCAACAAUUACCAAUUGAGGAGAAAAAUAGACAUUGGAAACUGGCGUCUCCAUGGUUACAUGGAAUUAAUCCAAGGGAUAGUCUGAUGCCAAAAGACGGUGAUGAUGGUUUUUUCCCAACUACUGGAAAUGAAUUAAAACCGGAAGCUAUAAUCGCAACUCGAAAGUAUCGUGUAAGAGUUCUAGUAUGUGCCCCAUCGAAUUCUGCCCUUGAUGAGAUUGUGUUGCGGGUUCUUGGUGGAGGUAUCCAUGAUGAAAAUGACCGAGCUUAUUGCCCGAAAGUUGUGAGGAUUGGUCUCAAAGCACACCAUUCAAUCAAGGCUGUUUCCCUGGACGAACUUGUGAAAAAAAAACGUGCUAGUUCAAACAAAUCAACUGAGAAGCAGAGUAACGCAUCUGCUGGAAGCAAUGAUGACAGUAUCCGGGCUGCAAUUUUGGACGAGGCUACAAUUGUCUUCUCCACCCUCAGCUUUAGUGGUUCACAUGUUUUCAGUAAACUAAGUCGCAGUUUUGAUGUUGUGAUUAUAGAUGAAGCCGCACAAGCUGUGGAACCUGCUACUCUUGUUCCCUUGGCCAAUCAAUGCAAAAAAGUUUUUCUGGUUGGUGAUCCAGCUCAACUUCCAGCAACUGUAAUUUCGGAUGUUGCUAAGAAUCAUGGAUAUGGCACAAGCUUAUUUGAAAGACUGAAGCAGGCUGGUUAUCCAGUUAAAAUGUUGAAGACUCAAUAUCGAAUGCAUCCUGAGAUAAGAAGCUUUCCCUCUAGGGAGUUUUAUGAUAAUUCCUUGGAAGAUGGGGAUGGCGUCAAAUCACAGACUGUACGUGCAUGGCAUAAGUACCGUUGCUUCGGCCCAUUCUCUUUCUUUGAUAUACACGAGGGAGAAGAAGCUAAGCCAUCUGGGAGUGGUUCAUGGAUAAAUGUUGAGGAAGUUGAUUUUGUCCUAUUCUUGUAUCAAAAAUUGGUAACACUUUAUCCGACACUCAAGUCAGGUAACCAAGUUGCAAUUAUAUCACCCUAUAGUCAACAAGUCAAGCUCUUCCAACAACGUUUCGAAGAGACUUUUGGUGUGUCAGCAGAGAAAGUAGUGGAUAUAUGUACCGUUGAUGGUUGCCAGGGACGUGAAAAGGAUGUUGCAAUAUUUUCAUGUGUCAGAGCAAGCAAAGAAAGAGGAAUAGGAUUUCUGGAGGACAUCCGACGAAUGAAUGUUGGGAUCACUAGAGCAAAGUCUGCAGUGUUGGUUGUUGGGUCUGCCUCAACAUUGAGGAGGAGUGUACAAUGGAACAAGCUUGUGGAAAGUGCUGAGGAAAGAAACUGUUUGUUCAAAGUGUCAAAACCAUAUCCCUCAUUUUUAAGUGAUGAAAAUCUGGAAUCCAUGCUAGCAAUGAUGGAUGAACUACCUCAGGCAACGGGGCAUGAUGAUGUAGUAGAAAAUAAUGCACCGAUUGUGGAGGCUGACGACAACGAUUAUGGAGAUGGCGAUGUUGACAUGGGUGAUGGGGGUGGUGAUGAUGAUUAGGAUUAGUAUUAGUUAGUUAUUUUUAUUUGUAUAGAUGAGCAGAAAGGUGCUAUUUAUGACUGUUUUUCAGGACUAGGAAUAUUGUAAACUGAAUUAAACUCAAUACCAAUCAAUGAGAAUAUUAGUUAGUCAUCAUUGUUGCAAAAAUGGAAAUAAAAAUUUGCUCCUUUUGAUGACUCUUCCUACUCAA